UGCGGGGGAAGCGCUCGAGCGGGAGGGCGCGGCCGGCACGUGCGCGCGCGUGUACGCGGCCCCCCUUCUCCACCCUCGCCGCCAUGAUCGUGUUUGUCAGGUUCAACUCCAGCCAUGGCUUCCCGGUGGAGGUUGGUUCGGAUGCCAGCAUCCUCCAGCUGAAGGAGGCAGUUGCCCAGCGACAGGGAGUUCCAGCCGACCAGCUGCGGGUGAUUUUUGCAGGGAGGGAGCUCAGCAAUGACUUGACACUGCAGAAGUGUGACUUGGCCCAGCAGAGCAUUGUUCAUAUUGUUCAGAGUCCACAGAAGAACAGUCAAAAUAAGGAGGGGACAGAAAAUAACUGUGUUGGAGGUGUUCUAAAACCCUUGGAAAGAGAACCUGAAAGCCUAACUCGCAUAGAUCUCAGUACCAGCAUCCUUCCAUCGCUAUCUGAAGGUUUGGCUGUUAUUCUGGAUCCUGGAAAAAGCAGUGUUUCUCUUCCCUCUGAAAAAUUAGGUGCAGCUAGUUACAACAGUUUUUAUGUUUUCUGCAAAAAUUUCUGCCAAGCUGUGAAGCCUGGGAAACUGAGAGUCCGCUGCAAUGUGUGUAAACAAGGAACCCUGACCUUGGCAAGGGGCCCGUCUUGCUGGGAUGAUGUGCUGAUUCCCAACAGAAUAAGAGGUGUUUGCCAGUCCCAAGGGUGCAAUGGAAAUGUAGCGGAGUUUUACUUUAAAUGUGGAGCACACCCAACCACUGACAGUGAAACAUCCGUGGCUUUGAACCUCAUUACAAUAAACAGUCGCUGUAUCACAUGUAUAACAUGCACUGAUAUUAGGAGUCCUGUGCUUGUGUUCCAGUGCGUGCAUCGCCAUGUCAUUUGCCUGGACUGUUUCCAUUUGUAUUGUGUGACUAUGCUGAAUGACCGUCAGUUCAUCCAUGACCCAGAGCUUGGCUAUUCCCUCCCUUGUGUAGCUGGCUGUCCAGAUUCCUUGAUUAAAGAGCUUCAUCACUUCAGAAUUCUGGGAGAAGAACAGUACAACCGCUACCAGCGCUAUGGGGCUGAGGAAUGUGUGCUGCAGAUGGGAGGAGUGCUGUGUCCAACGCCCAGCUGUGGAGCCGGUUUGCUUCCUGAGCCAGGGUUGAAGAAAAUUGUGUGUGAACCAGGCAACGGAAUAGGCUGUGGGUUUGUGUUCUGCCGUGAAUGUAAAGAAGAAUACCAUGAAGGGGAAUGCAACUCUCUCCUCAACACACAGGGAGCCAUGGCCCAGAAGGGGUAUGUAGUUGAUGAACAUGCAGCCAUGCAAGCUCGAUGGGAAGAAGCAUCUAGAGACACAAUCAAGAAGACAACCAAGCCAUGCCCCAACUGCAAUAUUCCAGUGGAAAAAAAUGGUGGCUGCAUGCACAUGAAAUGUCCUCGCCCUCAGUGCAGAUUUGAGUGGUGCUGGAACUGUGGCCUAGAGUGGAACAGAACCUGCAUGGGAGAUCACUGGUUUGACUAGUGGUGCUGAGGGCAGCCUGUGCUGCUGCUGCUAAAGCUUUCAUUGGGGCCAAAUUCUGAACUCCUUGCUUAAGCAAAAUUCCCAGAGGUUUCAGGGACCCAGGGUUCAGAAGUUGGCCUAGUUUGUUGGUUUUUUUGCUUUCUUGCAUAUGCAAUCAUACCAAAAUCACAUUGAAGUUAUGACAAGGGGUUUAAAUUCACUAAGUAAAGAGAGUUAUUGUUUUAAUUGACAGACUUGCUCAUUGUGGUACAAAGAGGGGUAAAGUGCAACUUUCUGAACUCAUGCAGUCUGUCAGCAUGGAGAGCAGACAGGGUUACCAUGAGGAACUUUACUUGACAUUUAUAGUCAGGAAUCCAUAACUCUUGCAAGAGUGAAGAGCCUGCACAGUGUGUAUGUGAGUGCGUGAGCAUCAAGAGGAGUAGAGGAUCUGCUUUUUUCUUUGACCACUUCUUUGCUCAUUCAGCACAAAUUUUGAUUUUGAGGCAGUAUUUCUUAACAGCUUUUUUGGCAAAGGGAAGACUGUGGCUCUUAAGUGUUUUCUCAGGGUUUCUCCCUAACAGGCUUUCUGUAGGGACUGGUUUUGCUUUCAAAUCAAAUUCCCAUAGAAACAUCCAGCUUUAUGCCGUACUUGGGCUUGUGUAUUCGUGACAUACAACAUGAAACCUGCCUACCUACUCAUUAUAGACUUUGUUACAAUGGGAAGAUUAGCUAAGAAUGCGGUUUCAGCUCUGUCCGUGACUGUUGCUACAGUGGUGACUGAAUCCAGUGUUGUGCAAGCUAAACUCACAGGGCUUCAUUUUUCCUUACGGAAUGCUUUGGACAUGGCAAAGUGAGGAAGGAGGACACUUCUCAGGGCUUUUCUCUAUCAGCAUUCUCCUAAAUUGUAUUAGAAUAUGGGUAUAAUUCUGAAAAUGCGGUGUGGGGCACAGGGACACCCUCAUUUUACAACAUUAACACAGUAAGUGAAGUUUAAUAGUAUUUCCAAGCCUGAACAAUUUUACUGUUUGUGAUCUUUACAUUGCUGUCUUAUUCUGAAAUGAAAUUGGUAAUGUCCACAUCCAACAUGCCCUGUAAGGAUUUGCACAAUUUAGUUUUGGAAAAAAAACGCACAAUAAAUAAAGUGGUCAAAAAUUUAAA